AUGGCUCUGAAGAAGUCCCUUAUCCUGUUCCCACUGCUAGUCCUGGUGCUGCUGGUGCUGGGGUGGGUCCAGCCUUCCCUGGGCAAGGAAACUUCAGCCAUGAAGUUUGAGCGGCAGCACAUGGACCCAGGCAAUUCCCCUAGCAGCAGCACCUACUGCAAUGAAAUGAUGAAGCGCCGGAAUAUGACGGAUGGAUGGUGCAAGCAGGUGAACACCUUUGUGCACGAGUCCCUGGUAGAUGUCCAGGCCGUCUGCUUCCAGGAAAAUGUCACCUGCAAGAACGGGCAGACCAACUGCUACCAGAGCACCUCUAGCAUGAGCAUCACAGAGUGCCGCCUCACAAGCAGCUCCAGCUACCCCGACUGCACAUACAAGACCAGCAAGAAAGACAGUCACAUCGUUGUGGCCUGUGAGGGGGACCCGUAUGUGCCAGUCCACUACGAUGCUUCUGUGGAGUAG